AGCAAAAGAACAAGACCAACGACCAAAACCAAAAACAAGAAAACAACGAAACCAAAAACAACAACAACAACAACAAGGAAGAUGAGACAAAGCCAACAACAGUCAUUUUGAAAGUCGACAUGCAUUGCGACGGUUGUGCUUCCAAAAUCGUCAAAUGCAUUCGCGGUUUCCAAGGCUUUGAGAAAAUGAAUGUGGAUAAAGAAACUGGAAAAUUCACCAUUAAUGGAACCGUCGACGCUGCAAAACUCAGAGAUAAGCUUGUUAGUAAGACCAAGAAGAAAGUUGAUCUCAUUUCUCCCGUUCCGAAAAACGACAAAGAAAACAAAGACAACAAAAACAAACCCGAAGACAAAAAACCUAAAGAGCCUCCGGUGACGACGACGGUUUUGAAGAUGGAACUGCAUUGUCAAGGAUGUAUUGAGAAAAUUCGCAAAACUGUGUCAAAGACAAAAGGUGUUUAUGAUGUGAAAAUAGAUAAGGAGAAAGAGACAGUGACAGUGAAGGGAACAAUGGAUGUGAAAGUGAUGGUGGAGAAAAUGAAGAAGAAAUUCAAGAGGAAGGUUGAGGUGGUUCCGGCGAAGAAGGAGAAGGAGAAUGAGAAAGAGAAAGAGAAAGAGAAAGAGAAGAACAAAGGAGAGAAUGAUGGAGGUAAGAAGAAUAAGCAGAAAGGGGAAGGUGGAAAUAACAAGGUUAAUGAGAAUGAUGGAAAGGGGAAAAUGGAGGUUACAGCGAAUUCGAAUGGAUAUGGUUAUUUGGGAAGUGAUUAUGGUUAUGGUUAUGGUUACAAUAAUAAUGGAGAAGGUGAAGUGAUGCAGUUGCAUGCUCCUCAGAUGUUUAGUGAUGAAAACCCUAAUGCUUGUUGUGUUAUGUGAUGUAACUUUGGGCGCAAGUAAUGUUUUGUUUUUUUAGUUUGGUUAAGCAACAAAUUUGAAACUGGCGUUAAUGACAUAUAUGUCGAGUUUAUUUGUGUUAAGAGAAAAAUUGCAAAGGUUGUUGUAGUAGUAUAUGAUAAUUUUGUGAUUGUGAUAAAGAGGUUAAUGUUGUCAUCAUUGGUCAUUUUAGGUUGUCCUAUUUUGCAAUAUGGUAUUUGCACACACUUUUCACAAUGAUGACUUGCUUGAAGGCAUGAUCAAGUUCAAGCACAGAGAACAUGG